AUGUACAAGUCCCUGAUUCUGCUAGUGUGCACGGCGUGUGUUGGGCUCUCGACAGCCCAGGUUUUUGGGGGCGGAGGAUGUCCACACGCCGUACCACAGGCGUCUUUCAACCUUACAGAGUACCUGGGUGAUUGGUACGAGAUCUACAAGUUUUACGCCGCGUUCGAGAGCGGACAGUCGUGCGCCAAGGCCAACUACCAGAUCAAACCAGACGGGCACAUCAGGAUCUUCAACAGCGGUUUCAAGGACAACAACCCAAUCAAUGCCACAGGAGACGCCUAUAUUCCCGAUUUAAAAAACCCGGCAAAACUGAAGCUCAGAUUUUCUUCAUUGGCUCCAUACGGAGACUACUGGGUUCUGGAUACUGAUUACACGGACUACACACUCAUCUACUCCUGCAGUGGGGUGUUGGGGAUCACCCAUUAUGAGUUUGCAUGGAUCCUAGCCAGACAGCCCACCAUUAGCGCCGAGGUGAAAACCAAAUUGUUCAACAAGGUUACAGCCAUGGGCAUCGACACAACUCAUUUCACAAAGCAGGAUAGGAGCAACUGCCCUGAUGGACUUUAAUUGUUACUGUUUGUUUUGAUAUGUAAAUCUU